CGUUACACAUGGGCCGGAAUGGAAUGGAAUGGAAACUGGCAAGUCCCCGGGUGCUUUCGAUCAUCAAUGGUCCGACCGAACGCAAUUGGGCGAGCAUGGCCAGGUGUGAUUGUAUGUACCCGACACACAACUACUGUCUGCGUCGAGCGCGCGCGCGCACGUUCGCCCAGCUGAUCGGAACGUUUCCUUCUUUAUUGUGUUGAAUGUUGUGCCAGUAGACGACGACCGGCGCCGGCUGCGAGCUCGGGGCACGCGACACAUCGCCAGAACAACAGCAACCACGGCAGCGACCGGACAAGUCUCGCUGCUCCAGCACACUCCCGUAUACUUUACGUCAGUCAUCUAGGAGUUAUAGUUUGUGGCGGUGCGCGAGUGCGCCUGUGUGAGUGUCUAUGUGUCUGUGCGUUUUGUGAAGUGCUUUGGUAGAUGUGACAGAAGCAACAGCUUCACACCAUCACUCAACUGUCGCCAUUGUGAUCCCCCAAGCGAACUCUCCAACAAAGUCCCCAACCGACAGAAUGUCGUCACUCAACCCACCGAAGCGGAUGAAGCUGAAGGAAAAUCAGAUGGUGGUGACGGUGCGUGACUUUACACCCGGGACGCUCAAGCGCAAGCUCCCGCUCGGGAACUACGUCAGCGCCGAUAAUGUGCUACCGACAGUGAACGUCCAGACACUCGCCAAACAGCUCGUCCAAGUCGGUGCUCCAUGUCCACCCGGUCGGAAGCGUUCCGGAAGUUCGGAGCCGAGAAGUGGCGUUUCCGCCGUCGAGCGUCGUAACGCUCGGGAACGUAACCGUGUGCAGCAGGUAAACAAUGGCUUCGCCGCGUUGCGUCAGCGUAUCCCGGACGAAAUUGCGGAAGCGUUCGAGGCAGGCACAACGGCUCGCGGUGUCCACAAGAAGCUGAGCAAGGUGGAAACGCUCCGGAUGGCGGUGGAGUACAUCAAAAGUCUGGAACGCUUGCUGGAACAUUCCGGCACGGGAACGGCCGGACGCGUUCCGACGUCCUUUGCCGACGAUACACCCGACACUCAACUACCCGCCACACCACCGCCAGAACCCUUGGGUCAAGCCGGAAACUUCUUCCUCGCAAUCAAACCACGCACCAGCAAGCUGGAGCACACCACGGGCUCGGGGAUUGCUGGCCCACCCGGCCCAGGGUCGCUCGAUCAAACGCAAAUCACCAUCAUCAACGGGCACCAGUACAUGCGCAUCCCGGGCACGAACACCUUCCAGUAUCUGGAUCCGGAAAGCCUACACGACGAAGAUGACAGUUCGACCGAGCGGGUCCCACUCGCCGAGGAGGAGGACACGUGCUCCAGCAGUGGCGAUCUGCUGAGUGAGUCCGCGAUCGCUCUUUCGCCCCAGAGCAACUACACGCUCGAACCGGACACGGACUCGAAGCGGGACGUUGACUCGCUGUACCACUCGAUCGUGUCCCAACCGGACGGGUCCGUGUUUGAUCAGCAGCAGUACGACGAUCUGAUGCUGAUCAAGUCAGAGCUGCAGGAUGAGGCGGACCUGGCGGAGGAUGCAUCGUUUCUCAGUUGGUUCGAGGCGAACCAACAGCUGCAGCUACAGCAGCAGCUCCAGCAACACCUACAGCAACAGCUCCAGAACCAGCAGACUUUGCUGGAGUAAGAGGCCAUACCAUUGACGCUAAAGAGAGCGAGCCAGAGAAAGAGAGAGAGAUAGUUAAUAUUCGAGUAAUAGUAGCGCCGAGUACUAUUCGAAGUAGAUGUAGACAAUGUAUAUACGCAAGCAUGUUUUAUUUUCCAGGCGUACAAAAUGGCGGUUAUUUAUAUUAUUUAUUAAUCCCGUUCCGUAUUUCCAACACACAGUAGUGCACUUAUUUAUUUUCCCUGCAAAUGUGAGUCUUCAAUAUACAAGCGAAACCGGAGCCGGAGAAGUAUAAUUUUAAGAGGAACUUUAGCGCAACUCAAGAUCAAUAAUCUCGGGACCGAUGCGCGUCACUGCGGGAGUACAGUUUUAGUUUACCAUUUUGAAAGGGAUGUAAGAAAACUUGUUAGAAUUGAGCUUAAUUCUCGUUAUUUGUAUGAUAAAAACAAAUUCAGCCUACUUGUUUAGUGCCUGUCAAACGAACUGUCACCAGGGUGGCGUUUUAGCUGACUGAUAAGUAUUACGUUUAAAGUUGCAUAGUACUAGACUGAACGACCCGUUUUGAGUGUAAGCAUAUUUUUGUGAAUUGUGAAAAAUAUUAUCUGAAACUGAAUAAAAUGAUUCCACACUAUCACUACUUUACCAACAAAUAAUUGUAGCUGUAUGCGUGUAGUGUACACAACUGAAAGGUAAAUAAAUUGGAAAAAAUGCACAAUAAUAAAAAUAACAUUGGCUGCUUUUA